GCAGUGAGAGCACACCUAUUUGACAUCACAAAGGCAUAGGUGACAAAGAGAGAGGCAGAGACAUCAUUAUCAUCCAUUCCACAACAGGUGUAAGAGCAUAAACAUGCAUGAGAGAGAAGUGUAAGGGGAGAGACUCAAAGGGAGGGAAAGACUGAAGGUGAGACGAGGCUGAAAGCAUGACAACGCCUCCUAUACCCCCCAGGAAGUCAUUCUUGGUGAAGUCGUCUACAGUCACCGGGUCCUAUGACCUACCAUCCUUACAGGACGAUUCAGACAACCAAGAGGAAAACGCAUCAACGACCUCCAAUCAGACUGGCUCCCUAACGGACUAUCAGAGCCCCCGUUUGAGCCCCCGUCCUGUUCGCCGCCCUCCAGUUCCUCCCAAGACCCAUGGCACUCUUCUAAGCCCCUCUCCAACUGCAAGCGGGGACUAUAACAAUGUUGAUCGAUCUAAACUUGGAAUGACUGAGAAGGCCUUAGAUGUAUGUGGCAAAAAUAAGCCCUCCCCUCCUCCUCUCCCAAGGCCUGUGAGACCCUCUCGGUCCCCCAUGAUGUCCCGCUCCUCUUCAGAGUAUGAGAGGACUCUACCUGAAAUGCACCUAUUACAACCUCAGGAUUCCAUAGAACGAAAGCACAGUCAAUCCCCUCGCCCUGCUCGACCCCCAGCUCGACCCAAAUCUGAAACCCAGUCCUUGUAUGGGGGCUAUGACGUCAAUAGGGCCCAGAGUCCGAGGCCCUCAAACACAGACAAUAAGAGGUCGCCUCACCCUUCACGUCCUCCUCCACGGCCAGGAGGGCCCCCCUCCCACACCCUGUCCCGUUCCCCCUCAGGGAUCGAAACAACGACCACACAACUCCAACCCCUGCUGCAGCCCACCAACGCAAAAGGAGGAUAUCCGCCUGCUCGUCCUCAACUCCCGCCCCCACCCUCGUUCACCCCCCCACCACCACCUGUAAAUAAACCACCACUGUCGUAUCGACCUACCACCAAAUUCCACUCAGAGUCAGUCUACAGCGAGGUCAGCGAGGUUCAGGACCAAUUAUCUUAUCUAGAAGUACUGCCUGAUGAGAACACAUUCCAGUUCAACCCAUCUAGCAGUGUCGACAAAACACAGGCAGCACCACAGUUCCAACCUGGUCAACGUUAUCAGAACUAUCAAUUCAAUAAGGAAGCAGAGCAGGAAUUUGAAAAUCUAAUGAGGUGGAUGAAGAGAGUUGGAUGCUGGGAAAACAUGCCUCCUUCAUUUCAUGGCCUCAGUCUAGAGGAUGAAACUAGGGAGUUCAGCCAGAGGUGCCUCUAUGUGAAAAAUGGCCUCCGUCUGUUCAACUGCCUCCUAAUGAAGCGUAGCGAUACCCUGCGAGGCCACAUCACAGAGCUCAACGACCUUGCCGAGAAGCUGGACAAAGUACAGAAGAAAACCAAAACCAUGAGCAUCGCAGGGGGCACCACGGGCGUAAUAGGAGGGGUGGUGGCCAUUGUGGGCAUUGUCCUCGCCCCCAUAACCAUGGGUGCCUCCCUCAUAGGGACGGCAGUUGGGGCGGGCAUGGUGGCUUCGGGUACUGGGAUGGGCAUCAAAGCGAACAUGGACAACAACAAAAUCAACUCUGUGGACAGAAAGAGGCUGGAGGAGGUGGUACAGAAGUACACAGCUGAGAUAGCAGACGUGGAGUUGUGUCUUUGCUUCAUCCACAGUGGGAUGGCUGAGCUGAGGCGGUAUAACUUCCACAGGCUCCAGCAUGCUGAUCCUGAGGCCCUGCGGAUAGCCAGGGUGGUGGAGGCAGUGCAUCCUGGGUGUAAUAAGUCCCAACAGUUGGGCAUGAAGUCUAAGAGGAUCCUGCAAGGAUUUGCGAGAGACAUGGACCUGUAUUAUACUGACAAGGACGGCCAGAGGCUGAAAACGGGCUCUGAGACUAAGUUUGCCACCAGGAUCCGUGAUGUGACCCAAGAGCUACAGGAGGAGCUCAAUGAACUGCACCAAGUGUGGCAGACCUUCUUUCUAGCAGCCAGUAGAUUUUGAGGUGUGUGCCUGCCGUGGUUAUUGCAGUAAAGGUAUGGCAAUAUUUUGGACACAUGC